AUGGCAUUCUUUCAACUCUGGCUGAACUCCACGGCCCCGGACCCUCUCAUGUGGACCCUUUCGGUCUGGGUUGGCAUCAUCCUCUUCUACUGCCUGUCAUCUUCGGGUACCUCCACGGCCCAUACCGUCAACGGCACGAAGAGUGGUGCUCUCGCCAAACAGAUCAAACCUCACGAAGCACUGGUUCGAGCCGUAGGGCUCAACCAGUCCCGCCCAGGUGUUCUCCAAGAAAACCACUGCCUGCUGGCUUCGACGCAGGCGACAAGAACACCUAGGGCAAACUUCGUUGAGGUGACAAGUACGAAAGGUGUCCACAUGGGUCCGGAAAUGGAGGCAAAUGGCCGGCACCCCUUGUUGGUCAAGCCGGAGCUCACUAUCUAUCGUCGUGAGGCAAGUCGAUCUAUAACCCAUUCACUAAGCGAGUUUCGUACUGACUUGCUUGCAGAGGAAUCUUACAAGGGUCUCAAAUGUCAGCCGUCCUUACAAGAACGACGAAAGGUUGGCUCCACAUCGGAAAUUUCUUCUCAUGUCUAUGAGCCUGGACUUCGACUAGAAGCCGACCAAUUGGGGUUUCUUGUACUCCAAUCCGGCAAAAACAGGACCGGGAACUCGCCAAGUCCCGACGCAUCAUGUCUCUCGAUACACACAAAACUUGCCUGUUUAAGUCUAUUCAGGCGCAAGCUGAUUAGCGGUGACAAAUUAUUUCGAUGCUUUUUCUCGGUCAAGUACACAAGGCAUCGACUACAUCGUUGUCGUCUCGCGUUGCCCGGUGACCAGAAACAAGCACCUAAGCGUCUUAUACUCAGUUCUGAGAGGUGUUUGCCGAGGUCUUCAUCCAAAGCCACUACACCCACUAAGAGGUCCACGACUUUCGAAAUCAAUCCGUUCCAUGCUUAUCAGAGCGCAAACAGAAUCAAAGCUUUGCUUGUGACGGAUGGCACCAAGACUACCGCAUUCAGCGUGACACCGUGCAAGAGGGUUUGUCUCCUUACCAUGACGAAUGGCAAGAACGGAAUUUGGCCUUCAACUGAUUGGAUUUUAGUAUCGAUGCGGCACGGCGAGCACAAGAACACGUGGGACCCUUCACAUCGGCUUGCUAGGUUCACGGCAGAUAACCGCGUUGGAUAUACGGAUGGCACCAUUCCGUAUCUCAAUAUCGGUGGUGGUAACGACAAUCGGGUUCGCCAACAAUAUCAUGCUCAUCAGCUUCCACGCCCAUACUGGCACCAGGGUCAUCAAAAAUUAGUUGGACCAUUCUCUCUAUACGGCGGUCUUCAUCGUCACCACGUUCGUGGCAUCAUAAUGUUGCUGUCACGUACUCUCAAACACGUGGCCUUCAUGUCAAUGUUCUCCACAACGCACACGGCAAGUCAAGAUCCUUGGGAAUUUGAGAUGGCGGCAUCCUCGACGCCGAUUCUUAGCCGAAAGCGACUAAUUCCUUCGAGCAGCGUGUCCAUCUCCGCGCUGGCCUGUAUAGGUGGAAAUAUUUGCUCCGAAUUCUCUGCAGAUGAAGGGGCUCUGAGUUAUAGCGAUCGUCCUAACAACACCCUUUUUCAACCUCUUGAUUCAAGCAGGCGUUAUUCUAAUCGCGACGAUAUGACGGGUUCCCGCUUCAAGCUUCCCACCAAGAUCAGGAACGAUGUAUACAAGCCCGUGCUUGUAGAUAGCUUGCCGCUCCAUACCGUUCGAAAGGGCUACGAGAUCCGUCGGCAACGGAAGUAUCAUGGCCUCACAGACAGUUUGCCCCACGCUCUGCCUGCCAAUCACGAGCGGGCUAACAAGUUUGUAAAGCAGCGCGGGGGCCUUAGCGGCAAUGCUGGCAAGUUUGUGUCAGAUGUUGCUGUUCGCUCUGAUGUCGCAUACACCAUUACAGACAGCCAGUCCUCCUCGAUUGUCGACCUCCAGCUUACCAUCGAGGCUUUCUUCAUUACCCGAAACGCCACUGGGCCUGGAUGCUCCCUCAGAGGAAGCUCUACCGCACUCGCACAGCUAAAGACGCAUUUUAGCGCCAUGAACAAGAAGCUCAAGACUUCUCCCGCCUUCAUCCUAGUUUCCAAGCCAAUUGACUACUCAGUUUUUCAUCGUUUCCUAUCUACUGCACUUCUCGAAUUAGCCGGAAUCUCAUGCCCUGGACCCCAAUUCGCGGCUAGCGUGGUAUUCCCGCCACCACCUCCAUUGAUCCUCUUAGAUAUGAUACCUCCGUUUGAAAUCGUCACUACCGGCAUUUUCAUUGAUGCUGAGAUGGCUUCAAAGAGCCCCAAAACUUUUGACGCAUAUCUCGCAAGCAUGAUCAAGGCAUCACCAAAUGUUGGUGCUAUGCUCGCCCAGACAACCUUAUCCUGCGCCGAACGGGAUCUCAAGCCCGCAAACAGAUUUACAUUGCAGAAGCUGAACAAGUCUUGCUUGCAGAAAGCUGCAGGCAAGACCUUGUAUAUUGCUAAAGUACUCCGCAAAAGAUACCGCCGACCCUCUCCGCCCCCAGACGCCGCGUACUACAUGCGUAAUAACUUUGGCUCAAAGACCGCAAUCAUCAUCGACUACGCCACCGGACACACCCCGGCCAGUUCCGAAGGCGCCCUCUCCGGCGGCUCGGGUUUCCCCUCUCCAGGAGUCUUUGAACUCAUCUUCAGGUUCAUCAACCUCAAUCAGAUGCCGGCGCUGAACAGCAUUUACUUGCCGGAUCUGCCACCUUUUGUUGAUGGAGGCGCGAGGCGUGUCGGACUGGUGUUGGAUGCCGAUGCCUGUGCAUCCGAUUUUAGGGAAGACGAAUUAGGGGAAUCAAGCGUGGGGGUUGGGGUACAGAAUAAUGGCUUGCUUUCAUACAUUGUAAUUUUGAGCUCUGCUGGAUUUCUUAUUACUAUAUGGUUCAGGUUGCCAACUACAAUGAACCUUGUUCCUAAUAUGCUUGCAUACCAUUGUGAUAUAUCAUCUUUCAUGCCACGUGAGCCGUGA